UCAUUCGGUUCGUGUGAAGAGACAUAUGCGGCACACCUAGUUCCGCUUCUGCUAUCCACGUUAGAAAGAAGAUUCAAUUGCUGUGGCAGUUUGUAUCAAACUGUUGCUGGAUUGCCUUCAGAUCGAUGAUGAAAAAUAUCGUUUGGAUUAGUCUCCUUCUUGGAGUCGCAUAUGCGCAACAGGAAUAUAAAUUCUGCGCGCCUAUAGAUACAAUAAGUGAUGACGCGUGUUAUGCUUUACAACGAGGAGAAAGUAAAGUAUCAUGUUUUCGUGUAACUGAUAGCGCUGAAUGCGCUAUUCGCUUAGCUCAAGGAAAGGCCGAUUUCGGCGUUUUCAAUGCAGAAGAACUCUUGUUGGCAUAUCAAUUUUAUCCGUUGGAUAUCUCCCCUAUUUUUCAGUUGAGACAUAGGGAAAGGCAGGAAGAGGAAUUUGAAUUCCAAACGGUGGCAGUGGUUCCCGCAGAUUUAACGCAAAAGGCCGUUAGCCCUGAUGAACGCCUCAAACAAUUAAAAAAUGGUGGCUUUUGCCAUCCUGGUUUUAGUAAAUCUCAAUGGUGGAAUGAUUACAUUCUCAAACAUUUUGAAAGGACGGUAAUUUCUCCGCAUUGCCAAGAUAAUGUAACUGUCAUCGAAAAUGAGAUCAGAAGUCUUAGAGAUUUCUUCGGAAAAGCUUGUAGACCAGGUGAAUGGGCUGCUGACAGUUCUAUCGAUCAAGAAUUAAAAAAUAAGUAUCCAGAAUUAUGCGCUCUUUGUGAUAAUCAAGCAACUUGUAGUUACAACAAUAAGGAAAAACAUGGACAUUUCGGAGCAAUGGAAUGCCUAGCUCGUCAUGAUGGUAAAGUCGCAUAUGUAGCGCUCAACUAUGUUCGUGAAUAUUUCAAAACAAAUGCGACGUUUCAAUUUUUAUGUCCAAAUGGUAAUAUUCUUCCUUUAAAAACCGAAACUCCUUGUGCAUGGCUUAAACAACCAUGGAGCGUCGUCGCAGCUAGAAAGGAAAUUGCAAAAGAUCUUAAAAUUGAUUUGUGGAAGUGGCUGAAACCAUCAUUACCAUUUGGAUUUAAAGAAAAUGAUUGGGAAAUUGCUUUAAAUAAAAUUAUACAAGAUGAUAGCCGAGCUUUUAAUCUUACGGAAAUGUCUUUGGCUACGUACUUAAGUAAAGGAAGGGAAAUAGAUAUCUCAAACAUUGAGACCUGCGGCAAAACUAUUCGUUGGUGCACAAUUGGUGAUUUGGAGACUAAUAAAUGCAGAUGGGUGGCGAGAGCAGCGAGAGCACUCGAUGUACAACCAAACAUUUCUUGUAGCAAAUCAAAUUCCACAUUCGAAUGUUUUCGCGAUAUAGCUGAAAAUCGAGCAGACAUAAUCACUAUCGAUUCUAACUAUGGUUACCUGGCGCGAACCGUUUACGGCCUAUCAACGAUUCUGUAUAGUGAAACUGAAACGGACAAAAAUAGUGUGAUAAUUUCGGUAGUCCGCGAACCUAAGGAUAACAAUUAUCCAAUAAAAAAUUUUCACGAUCUAAAAAAUCGAAAAGCAUGUUUUCCAGAAUACGGUGGAAUUGGUUGGUUAAAUUUUAUCAAUGUUGCAAGAUCGAAUGGCAUUAUUUCAUCCAAGUCUUGUGAUUAUCCAUUAUUGGUGUCCAAACUGUUGUCUGGCGCUUGUAGUCCUGGGGUAGAAGACACCGAUCAUACGCGCACUCCUAUUUCUUCAGAUGUAUCAUCAAAGUUUUGUUCAGCAUGUCGAUAUCAAAAUAAUACCUCUUGUGCAGUAAACGAAACUAAUCGCUAUUAUAGUGAUGAAGGAGCCAUGAGAUGUCUUAGCGAAGGCGCCGGUGAUAUUGCAUUCGUUAAGGCGGCAAAUAUUAUCGAGAAAACCAUUGAUUCGAAUAUGUACCGUAUCUUGUGUAAAAAUGGAAGUUUGGCUGAAACUCCAGGAUUCAAAUUUGACGAAUUUUGUGCAUUAUCAGUAACAAUUGAUAGCGAACUUGUUGGUCGCAAAGACGAUACGCAAAUUUUUAGAACCGAUACUUUUCUGGCUUUAUUGAAGUUAGAAAAUUGGUUAGGAUACCGCGUAAGCCCUCGGAGAUCAAUUCACAUUUAUGGUCCAUUCAAUGGGACGUUUAAUCUCCUUUUCAAAGAUUCCACGUCUGGUUUAGUUUCUACAUCAUCGAUGAAGAAAUCAGUGCUUGCUUAUAAAGAGCUUUUUAGUCACGUAGAUCAGUGCUCGACUGGUUCUUUUGCAGCCACUACUAAUUUCGUCCUUGUUAUUCUAAUUACUCUUUAUCAUUUUUUUUUCAGCCAUAAUUAAUUAUAUAUUAUUAAUUUAACUUUAUACCCGACUAUCACUAUGUAUUUUCAAUUAUAAUUAUUUAACAUUGACCAACUUUUAUACCAUUUAAAA